CGCAUUAGUGUCCUCACUCGUGUUCCGUUGGAUCGGUCUGUUUUAGACCCCUCUCUGCCCUCUGCGAAUCCGCGCAUGCGCACUGCCACUGUCCGCGCUCGUGUGGGGCCCGUGAGGAUCCAGCGGGAGUGUUAGCUGUGUAAUGGCGGCUUCGGUGUUGCUCUCCGCGGAAAGCGCCGUGCCCUCUUUUACCGUCGGCCAUCCCGCCGGAGCAGCGGCGGCAGGAACUACUCAUCACGGAUUAUCCAAUGCUCCCGGACCCGCGUCCUGGAACCGCUCGCUGGAUCGGGCGCUGGACGAGGCGGCGGCCACUGGAGUGCUCAACCUGAGCGGCAGGAAGCUGAAGGAGUUCCCGAGGAGCGCCGCCGGACACGACCUGACCGACACCACCAGGGCCGAUCUAUCACGAAACAGGUUGACGGAGCUGCCGGUGGAGGUGUGCAUGUUUGUGUCGCUGGAGAAUUUGAACCUGUACCAGAACUGCCUACGUUCACUACCAGAGAGUCUGAUCCACCUACAGUCCCUCACCUACCUAAACAUCAGUCGGAACCAGUUGUCCACUCUGCCCUCUUAUCUGUGCCGACUGCCGCUCAAAGUUCUGAUCGCCUGCAAUAACAAGCUGGUAUCGCUGCCGGAGGACCUGGGCAAACUCAGACAGCUCACCGAACUGGACGUCAGCUGUAAUGAGAUCCAGACGCUUCCUCCACAGAUCGGUCAGCUGGAGGCUCUGCGUGACCUCAACAUCCGCAGAAACCACCUCGUUCGCCUGCCUCCCGAGUUGGCCGAGCUGCCCUUAGUCCGGCUCGAUUUUUCCUGUAACAAGGUAACGACAAUCCCGGUAUGCUAUCGCAAUCUCAGACACCUCCAGAGCAUCAUUCUCGACAACAAUCCUCUCCAGAGCCCACCUGCACAGAUCUGUAUAAAGGGAAAGAUCCAUAUAUUUAAAUAUCUGAACAUGGAGGCGUGCAAAGCAGCAUCAGACCUUCCAGACUACGACAGAAGACCACUGCCCUUCGGCUCCUGUGCGGAGGAUUUGUAUUCCGGCCGGCCGUACGGAGCUCUGGACUCUGGCUUUAACAGUGUAGACAGCGGAGACAAGAGAUGGUCAGGAAAUGAGCCUUCAGACGAGUUGUCAGACUUGCCUUUGAGAGUGGCGGAAAUCACCAAAGAGCAAAGACAGAGACGAGAUCGAGACAGAGAACGUGAGGAUCAUCGGACGGGGUCCCACGUGACCAACGGCACAAUGGAUGCAGAGCUUGAACAGAUAGACUUCAUUGACAGCUGUACGGGGGAUGAUGAUGAUGAGGAUGGGCGGAGCCGUAGAGGGGCGGAGCGUGUCAGCCUCAGCUCACAGUUUAUGGCCUACAUUGAAAGACGGAUCACCAGAGAGGGCUCACCUGUGAAGACCAGCCCAUCCAGAGACUUUAGAACUGAUGAUCAGAGACGCCAAAAUUCCCUACAUAACCGUGGUGGGUCAGAUACGGCGGUCACAUCUUCAUACGCUCAUAAUCAGCGGUCCGCUGGAGUGGCGUCAGGUUCCGGUGGCGGUGUGGAGAGAAUGAGACGAGAAGCUCAGCUGGCGGCACAGCGGUACGAGGAAGAGAGACACAAAACAAGAUCAGUGCAAAGAGACGCUGUUAUGAAUUUCGUCAAGCAUAAGUCGUCUCAGAGCCCUACGAAGCUCAGUCCGACAGACAGUGAGAGUGAGUUUGAGCCCCUACUGAUAUUUGAGAUAGACACAGAUACCAACACUAUAAAGAAGAGGCCAGAUCCUCACAAACAGUCUCUCUCUGCUGUGCCGCUGGAUGGGUGUGUGUCUCCCACUUUAUCCGUCGCCUCCUGUACGCUGCAGCAAGGUGAAGAUUAUGCCUCGCUGUCACCCACCGCCCUUCAAUCCCCCACGUACCCCAGCCCCGCUGCCUCGUCCCCAUCCCGUGGCCCCAGUCAGCGACCUGAGAGUUACCUGUUUCGCCUUAGUCAACGAGAGGACAAGAAAAAAGGGGAAUCAAGCCCACAGAAGGCGGAGCCAGCAGAAGCCACUCCCACACAGAGCCCCGCCCCAACGGGGGAGGAGGCCGUCCUGAUAGAGCAGCUGAGACGGAAUAUCGAGUGUCGACUCAAGGUGUCUUUACCCAGUGAUCUUGGGGCAGCUUUGACUGACGGGGUCGUGUUGUGCCAUCUGGCCAACCACGUGCGUCCCCGAUCCAUACCGAGCAUCCAUGUACCCUCACCGGCAGUGCCCAAACUGACAAUGGCCAAGUGUCGACGAAAUGUGGAGAACUUCCUAGAGGCGUGCCGCAGAAUUGGAGUCCCUCAGGAUAGUUUGUGUUCGGCGGGUGACGUGCUGAAAGGGGAGGUGGUUUGUGUGUUCAGGCUGGUUGAGGCCUUGCUCUCCCUGGCACCGCCUCCCCUUCACUCCGCCCCUUCUACCCAGCUGGCUGGAUUUGCCCUUUUCUACCUGUCAAUCAUGUCGCUGCUAUGUGCUCUCUACUGCCACCUGGUGCCAAGCCUUUAAAUCGCACUUCCAUAUUGAUCACUGCACUAAAAUAGCCAAUUGUUUGUGUUUGAGCAGAAUUACACAAUAGGCGGUGUUUAUGCGCACAGAUGUUACAUUUAUAGUGUUUUUUAGUGAUACUUUGCUAAGCUCCGCCCCCUUUGCGUAAUGUAGCUUGCUUAGACGAGCUUUAUAAAAUGCAUUCAUGCAAUUUUGAGUAAAGUGUGCUUUUAAAAUGGUACAAAUUGAUUGAAUAGACAUGGACAUGAGAGAAUGUGCUGUUUCUUUAAAGACAAUUAAAUUACACUACUGUUUAUUUUAAGACAGAUUAAACUUUGUUAGAUUUCCUGUAAUAUUUUAGUCUUUCCUACUCACCAAGGCUGCAUUUAUUUGAUCAAAAAUACAAUAAAAACAGUAAAAUUGUGAAAUAAUAUUACGAUUUAAAAUAGCUGAUUUCUAUUUGAAUAUUUUGUAAAAUGUAAUUUAUUUUUGAGAUCAAAUCUGAGUUUUUAGCAUCAUUGCUCCAGUGUCACAUGGUACUUCAGAAAUCAUUCUAAUGUGCUGAUUUGCUGCUCAAGAAACAUUUCCGAUUAUUAUCAAUGUUGAAAACAGAUGUGCUGCCCAAAAUUUUUAAGGAAACCACGAUACAUUUUAUUUUUUUAGGUUUCUUUGAUGAGUAGUCAGUUUAAAAAAGCAUUUAUUUAAAAUAGACUUUUACUGUCAUUUGUGAUCAAUUGAAUGUGUCCUUGCUGAAUAAAACCAGUAAUUUCUUUAAAAAAUAUCUCUACUAUACAUAAUUACAUUCGGAAAAUACAAGUGUCAUUUGAUGGUUGAUAAACAGCAAUAAAGUUGCUAAUUUAGGAUUGGUCAGUGGCAUUCUAAGGCGGAGCUUAGCGAAUAGUCAUUCAAGAGUGUUUAUACGUGUGUUGAUGUGUGUGUAGAGAGCACAUUUCCAUAGCAAAAAUCAAAGCUCCAUCAUAAAGCACAAAGAUGGGUGGGUUCGCCCAUUUAGCCUUAAACAAGACGACAGAACAAGCUGCCUGCUCCGCGAACGAGCCCUUUAUUGUGCAUUAGUACUGCUGCACAUUUUCCCAAAGUCUGCUGAAGUGUAUGAGUACUUUGUGAGGCUUUGAGUUUGUGAACUCUCCCUGACGUUCUUGAAAGAAGGAAAUGAGACAGAGCGGAGGAUGCCAAACCAUAAACUCCCCCUGUUUUAUCCCUUUGUGCCUUACUGUGUGUAUGUCAGUGUCUUCCACCUCACAGUUUAACACAGUAGUUCAUCCAAAAAUAACAUUUACGACCCUCAUGUUAUUUCAAAACUGUAUUGGAGUUGCUUUCAUCCAUGAAACGCAAAAGGAGAAAUUUUGGUGUAUUGUUCAAGCUGCUCUUUUCCAUAUAAUUAAAGUGAACAGGCACGGAUGUGCCGUAUGACAUGCGCAUCUUUGCAUAGAAUUAUCAAAUGGCUUCAAAAUGCUGGUAAUAUAGUGCACAAGUCAUAGAAACUACUGUUAGGAGCCUGUACUCAUUUACUCUCAUGAAAAUAGGAGUACAUUUGAAGUAAUUUGUCUGAAAAAUAGACCAAAUAUUUAAUAAACCUCAGAUUUACAUAUGCAUGUUAAUGAAUUCCAAUCAUUUGUAUGUGGGUUACAUGUGCAGUCAUUCAUAAUUAGCAUAAUCCCGCCCACAAAUUACAAUUAUGUGAAUUAUGUGUACAGGAAUGCUGACUAUCUUGUCUGGUUUGGCUCUAGCAUAUUGCAUAAAUUCAAAAGAAAUUAAUAAAAAAAAUCUUAAAUUAAAGCAUUAAGAAGAUUUAUUACAAGACUGUUUUCAAUCUUUUUUUUUUUUUAAAUCAAAGAAAUUUUUUACAUUUAAAUGAUUGAUUAGUUAAAACCUAAUUAAAUUUCUUUUUUAAUUCUUUAUUGAUUUUUUUUUUUUUUUUAAAUAAUUGUUAUACAAAUACUGUACAACAUUAAUGUUUUUAUUAUUUCUAAUUGUAAUAUUAAAUGUUAUUAUGGUAAGUGGUGUUAUCAAAAUGCAGUAUUAUUAGUUUGCUUAAAAAAUAAAAAUAUUUAAAAAAAAAGUUUUUUAAUGCAAAUACAAGCUUUUAUUAAUCCGAUAACAUCAUAAUGGCUUUACGCAUAAUUUACACACAAAAUACAUAAAAGAUUUCAUUAAUUAAGGACCAUUAUGUGGAAAAAGCAGCAACGACUUUAAGCUUAAUGUCUUCUUUUGUGCAAAAUUAAAGCGUGCUUGUUUUAAAUGACUUGGGGUGUAUAAAUAACAUCAGAAUUGUAAUUUUUGGCUGAACUAACCCUUUAAAUAGUUAGCAAACCACUCUCAAUCCUGCAGUUAUAAAGCAUGUUGUCAGUUGUGUGCCAGAACACAUUUACUCGCUGAAAUAACAGCCCUUGUCAACCAGUACAUGCCUGUUGUUAAUCAAUAUCCAGUGUAAUAUAUUCCAAACACACGUAGGAAACACAACACCGGUCGCGGAGAGCGCGUGAGCGUUUGUGUCUGUCAGAUUUGUGUGCCAUAUUGCCUGAUUUUCCUACAGUCUGACUGUUGUCCUCCUCUGCUUUUCUACAAUAAAAUCCAAACUCAUGUAUCGGCUGUAGACGUGUGUUUUAUCACUAGUUUAGCUGUAUUGGAUUGAUAGAUGGCAUCUCAACAGUACAGGAUGAUUUACAUGCCCUGUUUUGAUCUGUAGGUUUAGGGUUUGUUCAGAUCGCUAACCCAAAGCAUGUGCAAUAACAGCCACUACUAAUACUUCAGCUCAUUUACAGUGCUAGACUAGUUGACGUUGAGUUUCUAGUUUGUGACAGACAGGUUUUGAAUGAUUUUUCCAUCUCUCCUUUUCUCUUCCAUCUUUCUUUACAGUUUCCAAAUGUCACGAUUUUAGUUUCAUCUUUAUUGAAGUCCUUCCUUAGUUGCACAUUAUCUGCUUUAAGUUCUUCCAUUUUAUAGUUCACCUAAAAAUAAACAUUUGCUGAAAAUAUACUCACGCUCAGGUCAACUAAUAUGUAGAUGAGUUUGUUUCUUCAACAGAU